AUGGAUCUACAGAAUAUCCCAAAAACAUAUUCCUCCGAGAGGCUCAUAUACAGAGCCUUGGAGAACAAUGAACAGGAUACAGCAUAUAUCUUCAAGUUCCAUGAAAAUGACCCCUUGAACACAGCUCUCUCAGGUCACUCCCUGCUCCGCCCACGUAACAAGAAGAGCUCAGAAGAUCUCAUAUCCGCCAUCCAGAAGGCUUCCAUAUCCGUAAUGGUCUGCCUCUCACCUUCCGAAGCGAAAGUUCAAGAUGUAGAGUCAUCUGAUCCAGUACCCAUCGGCUUCGCCAUCUUGGGCUGGGGAGGUAUCCCAGCUGGUCGCGAGCAUCAUAGAAGAACAUCACUUGGCAUCACCCUUAGUGAACCCUACCAGGGCAAAGGAUAUGGAAGUGAGGUCAUUAAUUGGCUUCUUGACUGGGCUUUCAGGUUUGGGGGGUAUCACCGCGUGGGCUUGAGUACAUUUGCCUUCAAUACGCGAGCCCAGCAUGUUUAUACCAAGUUGGGGUUCAAGGAGGAGGGGAGAGAGAGAGAGUCCGUUUAUUUAGACCGGGCGUGGCACGAUAUGAUCAACUACGGCAUGCUGGAACAUGAGUGGGCUGCUUUGAGAGGCGUUAAAUAA